UAGUGGGGAAAACUGGCAGAAGUGUAGCCCUGGAGACUGAUAUUCAGUGCUAGACUAAACUGGACAAGAGUCUACUGUCUGAUGGCUAGGAUCUAGAUGUGAACUGAAUCUGGGGAGGGUAAAAGAAGCUCUAGUCUAGGGUGAGGGUGGUCGGGGGCUAGUCCUGCUGCCUACCACUGUGAUCUUGGGGGGAAACUCCUUCAAGGCCCACGGCAGGACAUGAGUGAGCAGGAAAGAGAGACAGAAGAGGAUGAAGGUGUUGCCUCAGACACAGCACCCAUGCUACCCCAAAGAAGGCCUACUGAUUACCACAUCUCAGUCUUGGCACCUGUCCUGGCCACCCGAGGCCUCAGGACCCUGGUGCUGUCUGGCCGGGCUCUAGUUGGUUUCCUGUUUCAUCUGCUGCUACCUGGGACAGUCUUCCUGCUGGUGUUGCUGCCAGCAGCUGCUGUUGUCUACCUGGGAUUCCUGUGCCACUCAAGGGUUCAUCCAGCUCCAGGUCCACGGUGCCGAGCCCUACUCUCAGACCGCGGCUCCGCGGCGCUCAUUGUUUUCGGAUUCCUCUCCCUGCCGCCACUUCUGGUGCUCGCCUCCGCCACCCGCUCCCUCCUGGUCCGGCGACUACGCCCUGUACUGCCUACCCCCACGAGGACCCCCGACCCGUGCCGCCCGCCCAGGAGCAGGGAAGAUCUGGAGGACGGCCACCGGGACGAGGAGAAACAACUUUGUGCUUGGGUCUGACGCCUCAAGGUCUCCCCGUGUCAAGAGCCUCCCAGUUCUCUUCCCUUGACCCCCAUAAAGUGGAUGACUCUGAUGGCGGCCUUGGGACUCUGUGCGCAGUGCUCGAAGUCGCCAGGAGAUGGCAACCGGGUCCCUUAGAAGAGGGAGAAAAGGUGUCCCCUGAAGAAAAGCUUAUGUCCUCCACUCCCUUCUGUGGCCAUCUAUGUGCUCCUCAAACCAUGCAUAAUUCUAGAAGCUUCAGUAUAGUCAGUAACAACCAGACUUCAUGGCUCAACUUGUGGAGUCACCUGAGUCCUCCAAGGUCAGCCAUGACCUUGUCCAAAACAAAGAUCAGUUGGGUCCAUGGUCAAACUAUUACCCAAUCAGGUUUGAGAUAGGAUCUGGGAUCAGUGAUUCAGUGUAAGUGCAGGAUCAGAGUGUUGUUGUUAAUAUAUAAUUUAUUAAUGUGUUAAUAUAUAAUUUAUUUUUUGUGCAU